CCCUUCCCCAAGAAUUAGGGUUUUAUUAGGGUUUUUGGCCUCCUCCGCUUGAUCCUUCCGUGGCUCCCGAGCAAGACCUUUCAAAACUCUUGAGAUCUCUCCCUCUCUCUAAUGGCCAUUGGAUCCGUUCUCUCCCGCCUGGCCCGCUCCAAGGCCUUGGUCUCUGGCGCUUCUUCAGCUUUCUCUCAGGCUUCUACUCAUCUCAAUGCAUCUCAUGGUUCACUUCUACCUCAAAGAUGGGCUGCUGCUGCGAGGGUUUUCAGUUCAAAGCCAGCUGGAGCUGAUGUUAUUGGGAUUGAUUUGGGUACCACAAACUCUUGUGUUUCAGUUAUGGAAGGAAAGACCCCAAAGGUGAUUGAGAAUGCUGAAGGUGCUAGAACAACACCAUCUGUUGUAGCCUUCAAUCAGAAGGGUGAGCUUCUUGUUGGAACACCAGCUAAACGCCAAGCUGUGACAAAUCCCACAAAUACACUAUUUGGCACCAAGCGUUUGAUUGGAAGGAGGUUUGAUGAUCCACAAACUCAAAAGGAGUUGAAGAUGGUGCCAUAUAAGAUUGUCAAAGCUCCAAAUGGCGAUGCUUGGGUGGAGAUGAAUGGACAGCAGUACUCACCAAGUCAGAUUGGAGCCUUUGUCCUGACCAAGAUGAAGGAAACUGCAGAGGCAUACCUUGGCAAAUCUGUUUCUAAAGCUGUCAUUACUGUCCCUGCUUACUUCAAUGAUGCUCAGCGACAGGCGACCAAGGAUGCUGGGAGAAUUGCUGGACUUGAUGUUCUCAGGAUUAUUAACGAGCCAACUGCUGCUGCUCUUUCAUACGGAAUGAACAACAAGGAAGGUUUGAUUGCUGUUUUUGAUUUGGGAGGUGGUACAUUUGAUGUUUCAAUCCUUGAGAUUUCUAAUGGAGUAUUUGAGGUUAAGGCUACCAAUGGAGACACAUUCCUUGGUGGUGAAGAUUUUGAUAGUGCCUUGUUGGAUUAUUUGGUUAAUGAAUUUAAGAGGAGUGACAACAUUGAUCUAUCCAAGGAUCGGUUGGCUUUGCAAAGACUAAGAGAAGCUGCUGAGAAGGCAAAGGUUGAGCUUUCCUCCACUACACAGACAGAGAUAAAUCUUCCUUUCAUUACAGCUGAUGCUUCUGGUGCCAAGCACUUCAAUGUGACUCUUACCCGUUCGAAGUUUGAAGCCUUGGUGAAUAAUCUGAUUGAGAGAACUCGCAUCCCAUGCAAGAACUGUCUUAAAGAUGCAGGCAUCACAGCAAAAGAAGUUGAUGAAGUUCUUCUAGUUGGUGGUAUGACAAGGGUGCCAAAGGUUCAGGAGAUUGUUUCUCAGAUCUUUGGGAAGUCCCCUAGCAAGGGUGUGAACCCUGACGAGGCAGUGGCUAUGGGAGCUGCCAUUCAAGGUGGUAUCUUGAGGGGUGAUGUGAAGGAGCUUCUCUUGCUCGAUGUUACUCCACUCUCUCUUGGUAUUGAGACUCUUGGAGGCAUCUUUACUCGGCUUAUCAACAGGAAUACCACCAUUCCCACCAAGAAGAGUCAAGUCUUCUCCACUGCUGCAGAUAACCAGACCCAGGUGGGGAUCAAGGUCUUGCAGGGUGAGAGAGAGAUGGCUUCAGACAAUAAACUUCUUGGAGAGUUUGAGCUUACUGGCAUCCCUCCAGCUCCACGUGGCAUGCCUCAGAUCGAGGUCACUUUUGAUAUUGAUGCUAAUGGAAUUGUAAAGGUCUCUGCAAAGGACAAGGCUACAUCAAGAGAGCAGGAAAUCACCAUUAGGUCUUCUGGUGGACUUUCAGAUGAUGAGAUCGAGAAGAUGGUGAAGGAGGCAGAGCUCCAUGCCAAGAAGGAUCAGGAGAGGAAAAAUCUGAUUGACAUCAGGAACUCUGCAGACACGACAAUCUACAGCAUUGAGAAGAGUUUGAGUGAGUACAGAGACAAAAUCCCAUCAGAAGUUGCCCAAGAGAUUGAGGCAGCUGUUUCUGAAUUGAGGGAUGCAAUGGGCAAAGAUGAUGUGGACAAGAUCAAAGAGAAGCUUGAUGCUGCGAACAAGGCAGUUUCAAAGAUUGGACACAGCAUGAACCAACGUGGCGGAAACGAAGGAUCUUCUGGCCCAGGAUCAGAUGGUGGAGACCAGACUCAGGAAGCUGAAUACAAGGAAGCGAAGAUGUAGAAUUUCAGCUGUCUGACUCUUUUUUUAUCUCCUUGAUUCUAAUUUGUAUCCCAUUUUGCUGUUAGGCCAUCGUUAUGCCUAUAAUCUUUGGUAAGACAUUAAAAACCAGUUGUUUGGGUUUGGUUAAAGUUAGGCUGAUUCAAGGCCUGUUUAGAUGAUCUAUUACUAUGUGCUUCACAUCAUUCUAUAAUAUAUUUACAUGGGGGACUGUCUCCUCAAGACAAGGUUGUUCU